CCCCGGGCCUGUGACCACAAAGAGGAGCCGGGGCUAGACGGGAGCGAGGCGGCGGCGGCGGCGGCGGCCCAGGCCAGCGCCCUCCCCUCAGCCCCCGCCCCGCCCCCGCCGGCGGCGCCACGCCCCUCCUCCAGCCGCCCGCCUAGCAUGGUGCGGCGGCCGCGCGCGCCGACAUGGGGGAGAAGCUGGAGCUGAGGCUCAAGUCGCCUGUGGGGGCCGAGCCUGCCGUCUACCCGUGGCCGCUGCCGGUCUACGACAAACACCACGAUGCUGCUCACGAAAUCAUCGAGACCAUCCGAUGGGUCUGUGAAGAAAUCCCCGAUCUCAAGCUUGCAAUGGAGAAUUACGUCCUAAUUGACUACGAUACCAAAAGUUUCGAAAGCAUGCAGAGACUCUGCGACAAGUACAACCGGGCCAUUGACAGCAUCCACCAGCUGUGGAAGGGAACCACGCAGCCCAUGAAGCUGAACACGCGGCCGUCCAACGGGCUCUUGAGGCACAUCCUGCAGCAAGUGUAUAACCACUCGGUGACUGACCCCGAGAAGCUCAACAACUACGAGCCCUUCUCCCCAGAGGUGUACGGGGAGACCUCCUUCGACCUGGUCGCGCAAAUGAUCGACGAGAUCAAGAUGACCGAGGACGACCUGUUCGUGGACCUAGGCAGCGGAGUGGGCCAGGUUGUGCUGCAGGUCGCUGCGGCCACCAGCUGCAAACAUCACUAUGGCGUUGAGAAAGCUGACAUCCCGGCCAAGUACGCGGAGACCAUGGACCGAGAGUUCAGAAAGUGGAUGAAAUGGUACGGAAAAAAGCAUGCAGAAUACACAGUCCUGCUCAAGACUCCUGUCCAUCUCUUCGGGGUUUCUCCUGUCACCAUGGACACCCCGCUGUCAUGCUGUCUGUCUCCAGACACCUGGCCACUGCUGGGGCCUCACAGGCAGCUGGAAAGGGGUGACUUCCUGUCGGAAGAGUGGAGAGAACGGAUCGCCAACACGAGUGUUAUAUUUGUGAAUAACUUUGCCUUUGGUCCUGAGGUGGAUCACCAGCUGAAGGAGCGGUUUGCAAACAUGAAGGAAGGUGGCAGAAUCGUCUCCUCGAAGCCCUUUGCACCUCUGAACUUCAGAAUAAACAGUAGAAACUUGAGCGACAUCGGCACCAUCAUGCGGGUUGUGGAGCUUUCGCCGCUGAAGGGCUCAGUGUCGUGGACGGGGAAGCCAGUCUCCUACUACCUGCACACGAUUGACCGCACCAUACUUGAAAAUUAUUUUUCUAGUCUGAAAAAUCCAAAACUCAGGGAGGAACAAGAGGCGGCCCGGCGCCGGCAACAGCGAGACAGCAAGAGCAGCACAGCCACCCCCACCAAGGCGCCUGUGGACACCCCCAUGGAUUCUGGUGCUGAGGAGGAGAAAGCAGGGACGACUGCCAUCAAGAAGCCGCCCCCCUCCAGAGCCCGGAAGAAGAAGCUCAGCAAGAAGGGACGGAGGCUGGCCGGCCGGAAGCGCGGGCGCCCCAAGAAGGCGGGUACCGCACACCCGGAGCGCAGGCCCAGGAGGGGCCAAGCUGCCCUGGACCUCCUGCACGCCCAGACCCUGUCUCAGACCGUGUCGCCCACGCCACAGGACGUGUACAAGUCACCUCACAGCCCCUUCUACCAGCUACCUCCCAGCGUGCAGCGGCACCCCCCUGACCAGCUGCUGCUGGCGCCCACCCCGCCCGCACUGCAGAAGCUGCUAGAGUCCUUCAGGAUUCAGUACUUGCAGUUCCUGGCGUACACAAAGACCCCGCAGUACAAGGCCACCCUGCAGCAGCUGCUGGGCCAGGAGAAGGAGAAGAACGCCCAGCUGCUGGAUGCUGCACAGCAGCUGCUGGGGCACUGCCAGGCCCAGAAGGAGGAGAUCAGGAGGCUCUUCCAGCAGAAACUGGAUGAGCUGGGGGUGAAGGCUCUGACCUACAAUGACCUGAUUCAAGCACAGAAGGAGAUCUCGGCUCAUAACCAGCAGCUGAGGGAGCAGGCGGAGCAGCUGGACAAGGACACCCGGCAGCUGAGGGCCCAGAGCCUGCAGCUGCUCAAGGCUCGCUGCGAGGAGCUGAGGCUGGACUGGUCCACGCUGUCCCUGGAGGGCCUCCUGAAGGAGAAGCAGGCCCUGCGCAGCCAGAUCUCCGAGAAGCAGCGGCACUGCCUGGAGCUGCAGAUCAGCAUCGUGGAGCUGGAGAAGAGCCAGCGGCAACAGGAGCUCCUGCAGCUCAAGUCCUGUGUGCCGCCUGACGACGCGCUGUCUGUGCACCUGCGCGGGAAAGGCGUGCUGGGCCGGGAGCUGGAGGCAGAGCCAGGCCGGCUGCACCUGGAACGGGACUGCCCCCAGCUCCCCCUGCCGCCCUUGAGCAGCAUGAGCCCAGAGCUCUCUAUGAAUGGGCGUGUGGCCGGCUAUGAGCUCUGCGGGACUCUGAUCCGGCCCUCCUCCAAGCAGAGCCCCCCCCAGUACCUGGCCACCCCCCUGGACCAGGAGAUCGUGCCCUGCACUCCCAGCCACGGCAGCAGGCCCAGGCUCGAGAAGCUGUCCAGCCUGGCUCUGCCUGACUACACCAGGCUCUCCCCAGCCAAGCUGGUGCUGCGGCGGCACCUGAGCCAGGACCAUGCGGCCGGUGGCAAGGUGGCUGCCGGCGAGCUGCACGCUCGAGUUGAGCACGCCAAGGAGAAUGGCCUUCCCUACCAGAGCCCUGGCUUGGCCAACGGCAUCAAGCUGAGCCCUCAGGACCUGCGGCCCUCGUCCCCCGGGGCCUUGCCGAUGGCUGGAGAGAGGGGUGGUGAGAAGGGCGUGAAGGAGCGCGCCUAUGCCAGCAGUGGGGAGGCCAUCACCAGCCUGCCCGUCAGCAUCCCACUCAGCACUGUGCAGCCCAGCAAGCUGCCUGUCAGCAUCCCCCUGGCCAGCGUGGUGCUGCCCAGCCGUGCCGAGAAAGUGAGAAGCACUCCCAGCCCAGUGCCGCAGGCCCGAGAGUCAUCUGCACUUGAAAAGCAGCUGGGUGCUAAUGCCCAUGGUGCCGGAAGCAAGAGUCUUGCCCUGGCAGCUGCAGGCUUCUCCUAUGCUGGCUCCAUGGCCAUCAGCGGGGCCUUGUCGUGCAGCCCGGCACCACUUCCUCCCGGAGCUGAGCCUACAGCCUUUGAUGAUCCCCCCAGCUCGGGAGGCCUCUUCACUCCUGUGGGGUCCCACAGCUCCACCCCUCAGCACCCCCCACUGCUAGUGCAGCCCCGCAACCCUGGCUCAGCCUCACCUGCCCACCAGUUCUGUGCCAGCCCCCGGCUCAGCGGCGCCCCCCAGGGCCUGCUCCUAGACUCCAGCAAAGGGGACCUGGUUCCCGAAGCUGGCUUCUCGGACCCAGAGAGUGAAGUCAAGAGAAGGGUCAUCUUCACUGGCACGGCCGCUGGCGGCACCAGGCCACCACCUCCCAGCAAGCACAGCCCUCUGCCAUCGGGUGCUCGCGGAGACUGUGGCCAGAGCCUUGGGCAGGAUAGCCGCAGGCGGGGCAGGAGGAAGCGGGUGUCAGCAGGGACCCCCAGCCUGAGCUCGGGUGUGUCCCCCAAGCGCCGGGCCCUGCCAUCUGUUGCUGGCCUCUUCACGCAGUCUUCAGGGUCCCCCCUGAACCUCAACUCCAUGGUCAGCAACAUUAACCAGCCUCUGGAGAUCACUGCCAUCUCGUCCCCCGAGAGCCUGCAGAGCUCCCCUGUCCCUUCCCAGGACGACGACCAGCCACCCGUGCUCAAGAAGGAGAGGCCCCUGGGCCAGAGCAAUGGGGCCCACUGCUCCCCACCAACCUCGGAUGAGGAGCAGGGCUCCGAGGAUGAGCCCAGCAGCGCCAGAAUUGAGAGGAAAAUUGCAACCAUCUCCUUAGAAAGCAAAUCUCCUCCGAAAACCUUGGAAAAUGGGGGCGGCCUGGUGGGAAGGAAGCCGGCGCCUGCCAGUGAGCCCGUCAACAGCAGCAAGUGGAAGUCCACCUUCUCUCCCAUCUCUGACCUCGGCCUGGCCAAGUCCUCCGACAGCCCGCUGCAGGCUGGCUGCGCUCUGAGCCAGAACUCCCUGUUUGCUUUCCGGCCCCCCCUGGAGGAGCCCAGCUCGACUGAUGGCAAGCUGGCUGCCCACCCCAGGAAGAACUUUCCGGGCACCCUGGCGGGGCCCGGCGGGCUGAGCCCAAGCAGCAACCCUCCCAACGGCUUUGCCUUCAGCGGGGGCCUGGCCACCGACCUCAGCUUACACGGCUUCAGUGAUGGUGCUUCUCUGUCCCACAAGGCCCCCGAGCCGGCCGGCCUGGGUGCCCCCUCGAGCUUUCCUGCCCCACGGGGCAAAGAGGGUGGCACCACAGAGCCCAGCCCCUUUGUGCACAAGAGGCAGCUGGACGGACUGGGCGGCCCGAAGGCCGAGGGCGGCAAGAGCAGGGAGGUGGGCGAGCUGGGCCUGCCCGUGUGCGGGCCCUCGGACAGGGUGCCUCUGGGGCACGGCAGAACGGGCAGGAGCCGGGACCGGGAGCCCGACUUCAAGAAUGGCCACAACCUCUUCAUUUCCGCCGCUGCCGUGCCUCCCGGGGGCCUCCUCAGCAACCCCGGCCUUGCCACGGUGGCAGCCCCGGCGAGUAGCGUGGCGCCCCCCGUGCAGACGCACCGGCCCUUCCUGGGCUCCUUCGCGCCUGGUCCGCAGUUUGCGCUGGGCCCCAUGUCCCUGCAGGCCAACCUGGGCUCAUCUGUGCUUCAGUCCUUGUUCAGCUCUGUGCCAGCUGCCGCCGGGCUGGUACACGUCUCGUCCGCCACAACCAGACUGACCAACUCGCACGCCAUGGGCAGCUUUCCCUCGGGGGUGGCGGGCGGCACAGUCGGAGGUGUCUUUAACCACGCGGUGCCUUCCGCCUCCACUCAUCCGUUUGGAGCCAGUUUCGGCAGCGGGGCUGCGUGUCGCAGCGCCACGCUGAGCUUAACCCCGCUGCAGGCGGUGGCCAGCGCGCCCGCCUCUUCCUUUCAGGCCCUGCCCUGCGUGGAGUCGCGGCCACCCCCUCCAGUCCCGGGCCGGGCCCCUGCAGGGCCGCCCGCCCCCGCCCUGCUGCCGGCUCACUCCGAGCCCGCGCUCCUGCAGAGCCUCGCGCCCCUGCCCGCUGCCCCGGCCUUCUUGCCCGCCUCCUCUGCCGCCUCUCUGCCGCCUGCUAACGCCUCUCUGUCCAUCAAGCUUGCCUCUCUCCCGCACAAGGCCCCCCGCCCCCACCUCGCGGUGCACCAGCAGCCUCUGCCUGGGCUGGCCCUGGCCCGGGCCGCCCCUGGGACCCCGCAGCCCGGCUCCACGGGGCCGCCCGCCGUGUGGGUUUCCCUUGGCAUGCCACCUCCAUAUGCCGCGCGCCUUGCGGGGGUUAAGCCGCGAUAAAGACCUUGCUUAGCUAGCUGUUCGUAUUCUGUAAGGUAAGGCCAGCGCCCAGCCAGGCAUCCCGUUCGAGAAACUGAGCUGUCCUUCCUCUCCCAGAGACAGGCGGGUCUGUGGGGCUCCACCGGGGCCCUGGGGGACAGAGGCUGCUCAGCUACAGCCGCGGGUGGAGGUGGUUGGUCUGAGAAUCGCAGAGGAAGAAGGAGCCAGGGAGUCGGGAGGCCGGGGUGACCACUGUAAAGCCUGAAGGCGGUGGCCAGCCCUUCACACCAGAUCCCUGAGGCCGCCUCUGCCCAGGGAGCUAGCAGAUCCGGGAUGUCUCUCCAGGCGGUGGGCAGGGGUCCAGGGGAACGUCCAGCCUGGCUUGAGCUUACUGGCCCCAUAGGCUCUGUGUCAGCCAUAGCCAGGUGCCUGGGCAUCCCAGCCUGGCCAUCUGUGCCCUUGGGCCUCCUAGUCUGUUUCCCUGACUGUGCCUCUACGGUUUUAGGCAGACUUAAUGCGUGUAAGGCCCCUGGCACAUAGUAGGGCUUCAGAGGGUGGUGGUGGUCCGCUGGGCUUCUUGGUUCAGGUCCCUGUGUGCAGGCCCCCACCUACAUGCACCGGGGCUGCCGGGUCAUGGGGUAAGCACAGUGCUGGCCGCAGAGGAAGGUGGCUGGCCGGUGUGCAGCACUGUGGGGUCAGCUGAGGGCAGCGCAGGAAGGUGGCUGUGAGUGUUGAGGCCUCAGGAGGUCCCUGUCCGCUCCCUGACUGGCUGUGCUGCGACGCUGGGGCUGGGCCACUGGUGUAGCUGGCCUGGCCUCUGUGGGUGCCUUAAUGUCCCCUGGGGCGAGGGGCGUCCAGGGUGAGGUCUGGAAGGAGGCCAGGUGCCAGCGAGGUGCUGGGGCAGGCACAGAUCCUGCUGUCCCCAGCCGCCCGCCAUGUAAGUGGGAGCAUGUGUGGCGGCCUCCUGGUCACGUGCAGAGCAGCUGAGGUGUGGGCGCAGCUGUGCAUCCUUCCUGCCGGGAAAGCCUGGAAGGUAGAGGGGCUUUAGCACAAAGAGGCCUCUCGCCACCAGACGCGCCGUGUGGGCUUGAGGAGUCUGUGGUGUGCACGGGGAGACCUCGGUGUCAGGCUCCCGUCCUGGCCCUCAGUGGGCAGCUGCUCACCCCCUCCUGCAGCGGUGUCACGGGCAGUCACUGUGGGCUGGGCGGCUAGCAGUGCCCUCGAGCCAUGACCGGGGGUUGGGGGGCGCAUCUCAGUUCCAAGGCUCCUAGGGAGGAGGGAGGCCAGGAGGGCCUCGCACAGCUUGGAGCUCCCACCUCUGAGUGGACUAGGGGCGUGGCCUGGUCCCUGCAGCCGCUAUGCUCCGUCCAUCCCUCCGUCAGUCUGUCUGUAGGCGGCUUUGGUUCCCUGGCCCGGGGAGUGUCUGGGCUUUUGGGACCAAGUGCUAAUGGUAUGCUGCAUUUCCUCCCACGCUGGCUCUGCAGGUAACUAGGAUUUCUACCUCAACCGCGAGACCUAUGCAAGCACGGGGUGGGCGGCAAGGACCAGCGGACAGAUGUCAAGGCUCUACUGUGAUCGGCGCUGCACGGACCGUGGGGGUGCUGGGGCUUGGCUCCAGCUCGUACUGUUCAUAGUUUUAGAUAAAGUAUUUAUCGUUUUUUAAAAAGUAUAAACAAUUUUGAUUUAUUUUAUUCCACCGAAGUCGUAAAGGCAACCUAUUGAGAAGUGUAAAUACUAUAUAUGAUUGGAUCUAUAUAAGGACAUCGGCCCGAAGAACUGGCCCACCAGCGAGAUGCCGACUGUGGGCCCCGGUGCUAUCCCGUCGCCAGGCCUCACCGCCCCCGUGUCCUCUUGGUGCUGACUCGAGGUGGACCAACGCCAAAACUGGCCCCUGAAGUGUGCGCCGUCUGUCCCCGCCGCUCUUCCCAUACCAAAGGCACGCCCACCCCGGCGGAGGGCGUCUGCUGUGUUGUGGCACUCCUCAGAAAAGGCCCUCCCCCCGAGGGGGCGCCCAGCUGCCCACCCCGUCACUGUGAACAGCUCCGACAAGACUAUUGGCCCGAGUCCAAGGAUGGGCGCCUUUGGCAUAGGAACGGCCGGCCAGCUGGGCGCAGUAUGGUGUGGCCCUCCCGAACCUGUGUGGUGACGCCACAGCCUGGAGCCACGGGGAGGGGACCCCACUCUGGUGCUUGUGCAGAAGGUCUGGUACCUGACUCCUGACGGCUUGAGCGGUUGUGGAAAUGUGCAUUACCUUUGUAUGUCUUUGCUCAUAGUGGGCUUAUGCCAGUCCACUGAAGCGUGUGGUUCGUGGGUGGUGCGGCAGCGGGGACGUGGGGCAGGCAGUGAGGGUGCCUGGUGUCUGUACAGAGAGUCACGCUCACGAGUGACAGUAUUUUAUAGAGAUGAAAAUUUAUAAAUUUCAUAGACUUGAUCAUUUAUUUUUAGAUUGUAUAACGCACAGUGAACUAAAAAGAAGGAAGAAAGGAAAGCUAGGGAAAACCUUUUUAUUUAUUCAAGUGCACAGGAGCGGUGACGCCCAGGGCUGGCUGUACUUCCUGGCCCAGUCCCUCUGGGCAGCCGCGCUGCCCUCCAGCCCUGCAGCUGGGGGCACCUGCCCCGCACUGGAGCCACUUCAAAUGGUGCUUGGGAACCAGUGCGCUAGGGGUGGGCAACCAGGGCACAGGGCUUUGCAGGAUGGCAGGAGCCCUGUUCUAGAAGCUUCUGGAGGUUGCCAGCAGGAUUCUAGCGCAGGGACUGUGAAUGGGCCUGGGUCCCCCAGCUGGGUGGCAUCAUCUAUGUACUGUCGCCAAACAGGUAUGUCCCAGAGCCCCCAAAGCUCCUGGCAGGGGGCUGGGGCCCCUAGCCAAGCAGCCAGGGGCCCUCCGUUUACUGGAGGGUUGGUGUGGCAGGCCAGGCCUGCUGCCUCCUCCCGGUCUGAGGGUCUUAAGUCACCUUCCCAGCAGGGGGGCAGAGGCAUUACAGAACAGAGGUCAGGAAGGGCUGGUGCCAGACAGUUCCUUGGCUCCAGCCACCCCACUCGCCCUGCUGUCGGGCUUGCUGGCCAGCCCAGAGCAAUAGACAGAAGAUGGUGCUCGCGACGGCCCUCAGAAUGGCCCGUCCUAACUGGCUGCCUGGCUCCCCUCCAGGUCAGCCUUGAAGGUGCUGUGUCACCCUGUGGACCCUGUGUUGGGAGCAUAGCUCCUAAGCUGAGAAGCCACAGCAUGCAGCAUUGUCCCUGACCUUGAGCAAAUCAAACCCUGUACACACCCCUCCUUGGGGCGACCGCAGCCACUCAUGCAGGACUCUUGCUGCCGUGCCUAUCUGUCCUACCAGCUCAGCUGUCUGCAGGCACACCCCAGGGUGACAGUGGGCUGAGCUGGCCCGUUUAGGUAGGGCAGGGGUCUCCUUUAUGCACCCACCCUUGCCCUCCAUCUGUGUCCCCAGGCCCUUCUGUGAUCAGCUGCUGCCUGCAGACAGGCUGCUGUGGGGAAGGGGGGAGACCCUGCAGACAGACCCCUGGUGCUGCCGUUGGCUGCGGGCUACUUCUGGUCGCUCUGCUCAGGAAAACCUAACAGCUAAGGUGACCCUCCAGUCAGGAGCUGGCCUUUCCUCCCAGCUAUGAACUGUGACUUAUUUAAGACUCACUCGCCCCCUUAUUUAUCCACGCCGGUCCACUAGGAGUUGGUUUCUCGCAGCUGCCAUUCCCAUUUUCUGGGUCCAUCCACACUGUUGUCUCGUGUCUAGACCUUAAUUUGUAACUUGGCGGGGCUUUGGCCUCACCCUCUGGUUAACUGAGUCGGGGGCGCUGGCAAGGCCUGUCCCUCUUCGGGCUGCUGGCUUGACCCUCAUUUCCUGAGUGAAUCCCACUCCACUCUGCAUUUCCACCUCUGAACGCUGUAAUAAAAUACCGUUUCACUUGAA